AUGUUCCUGGCGUUCUGUCCGUUAAUUCCUUUGUUUCAUUAAUUAAUUAAUUUGAAUACUUGAAGGGGGUGGCCAAAUGGCUAACCUGAUUUUUGACAGUUCUUGAACAUAUAACCUUUCUUUUUGUGGUAGAAAAGAAAUUUUUAAUUCAAAUUUUUGUGCUUAGUUUUAUAGGAACAAUAAGUUUUGUAUCAUGUUUACGAUUAGUUUAGCUUAAAAUGGGGUCGCAGCAAGAAUCAGAAGUCAAAAACAUAAUUACGGGGUUACUGACUUCGAACCCGUUACGAUGUACUAUUCAAAAACUAUGCAAAGAUUUCUACGAAACUGUGGGAUACAAUGUUCCGUUCAGGAAACUUGGUUUCACAAAUGUUGAGGAUUAUUUACAUUCAAUUCCAGAUACGGUUCAAGUUUUUGGGCAUGGACCUUCUGCCGAAGUUCAAGGCGUUUUUAAGCCUAAGUCAGCCCAUAUAAACCUAAUGGUGGUGAAACAAAAAAAUGUUCCCAAAACUAACAGAAAGCAAAUAGUUCCCAAAAGAAAGUCUCUUCCUCGAGUUGAUGACGGAUACAGAUCUAGAGUACCACCCGGUAUACAAAACAACUUAAGAAAACUCAUUUUACGAUUUCCCGAUGGUAUUUGGUGUACAAAGUUACCAGAAGUGUAUAAAAAAAUGUUUAACGUGGACCUUAAUUACCAAAUAUUUCACUACAGGUCUUUAAUUGAAAUGUGCACCGAUUUAACGGAAAUUUUUCACUAUACUCAAAUUUCCUCAGAUGAUUAUAUGCUAUAUGAUAGGAAUUCGGUAGCACCUUCAUUGAAUCAAAAUGACACAGUUUUGCAGUUAUCAGACAAAGACAACUUAGCAAAAGCGGCAGAUUGGUCACUUGGCUCAGCUUUAAUUCCUUCAAAUAUUGUGCCUUUAUCGGAGGAAAUCCCUCGUUAUUUUCCCAACACUACAACACAAGGCGAAUAUCUCGAAGUUACGAUAGGAGAAAUAUAUGACAUUAAUAAUUUUUGGGUAUAUUUACAUGACGGUCAGCUAAAGAAACUCAUGACUGAUUUACAGGAACAUUUUCAAAGUCAACGAAAUCGCUACGUUAUCUCUGAAUUAUUUUUACAGAAAGGAUUGUAUUGUGUUGUUUUAUAUAGUGAUUUUUACCACAGAGGUGUUAUUAUGGAUUUGUGGGACACGGAGCCACCGUCUGUCAAAGUGCUUUUUAUUGAUUAUGGUAGUAUCGGGGAAAUACCUUGUCAUCACAUUUGGUACCUUCCCAAGGAGUUCAGUAAAGUACCAUGUCAGGCAAUAAAAGCAAGUCUGUACAACAUAAAAUCAGAAUUGGACAAAAAUCAAUGUACUAGAAAAUUUGAGCAUCUUAUUAGUAACAAACAAUUAAUAGCCGAAGUUUUAAAAAUUGAUAAAAAGGAGUUGCUUUUGGAAAUUUAUUUGGCUGAUACAUCAGAUGAAGAAAACAUAUUUUACAUUAAUGAUCGACUUGUUGACGAGGGAUAUGCGAGUUAUGUCACAUGACCCGUUUGCGUUUCGAUUUUUUACGAGUUGUACUAUUCUGUUUGAAAAUAAAAGUAUUAUUUUAUUUUAAAA